UCCAUUCAAUUCGGACAGAGCUUGUCAAAAUGAGCUUACGAAUGCUUAAGUUUGGACUUUUAUUCUUAAUAAUUGCGUUUGCCUUCUGUUCGGGAGCUAACGGCAAACGAAUUUCGGAUAUAAAAUGUGAAGAAUAUCGAGCCGGAACACUUUCGGAAGGGCGAGUAAUUCCGUUGCUCCGAAAUCCCAGAAUAAUUCAACGUAAAAUGUACAAUUGUUCGAGAGCGGUAGAGCUGAUUGUCGGAGGAGAAGCUGCCAGACCACAUGAAUUUCCACACCAUGCUAUCCUAGGGUGGCCCCGGAACGAUAAUCCGGAUGACAUCGAAGAUUACGAAUUUCGCUGUGGUGGGUCUUUGAUUAGCGAAUUGUUCGUACUAACGGCUGCUCACUGUUUUAACGAAAAACUCCGGCCCGAAAUUGUGCGGUUGGGAGAGCACAAUCUGGAGGAUGAUGACGGUUUUCAUCAUGAUUUCUCGAUUGCGGAAAAUGGAAUCAUUCUUCAUCCCGAUUACAAGAUUUAUGCAUCGUACAACGAUAUCGCCCUGAUAAGAUUGGAAUACGAAGUGAAGAUAACAUAUUUCAUGAGACCAGCCUGUUUGUGGACCGGGCCCAAAUUCAAUUUCACAAAGGUGAUAGCAACUGGUUUCGGACACAAUGAAUAUAUGGGUAACCACACUGUUGUGUUGCACAAAGUCGGGCUCGAUCUGAUGAAUCCGCAAACAUGUGCAGAAGAUUUCGAGUAUCAUAGAAAGUUCAAGGCAGGUAUACUGAGAAGCCAGAUUUGCGUCGGUAGUUAUGGAGGAAAGAAAGAUACUUGCCAGGGCGAUUCCGGAGGACCGGUACAGGUUCUAACGGAUACCGAAGGGUGUUUGCAUCACAUUGUAGGUGUCACUUCGAUCGGUGCCGCAUGCGGUUUUGGAUCAGCAGCCGUCUAUACUCGGGUUUCGAGCUUCAUCGACUGGAUAGAGAGCAUAGUUUGGAAGUAGUUUAGUGUUGAACUUUCCAAGCCUUGAUACCUAUGUAUGUUCUGGAAUUAAAUGUACGUAAGGGAGAAAAUGUAACAUGUAAAGUGUAAAAUGUAUAAUACUCGCGUACGGUGCACCGUUUUAAGAUUAUAGAGGAAAUUUUAAUUAAAACUUUUUAGCGCUUCCCAUGCUUGCCGGAAAGUAAACGGUUUUUGGAUGAAAAA